AUGGAUCCCCGUACAAGCGGCCAGGACUUGAUGCGAUGUGGUUUGUGUACUACGGCUGUGGUACAGAUGCACUGUGAUACAUGCAUUACCAGCCUUUGUGUGGAUUGCGUAGGAAAACACAUGAUAUCUGAUGAAUCCAGGGACCACAAGGUCGUCAAAUUUCAGUCAAGAAGAUCUACUCUACUCUACCCUCGAUGUACAUCCCAUGACAAAGAACAGUGUGAAAUGUACUGUAAUCAAUGUGAAAUUCCAAUCUGUACUGCAUGCAUUGCAUCUGAAGCUCAUACAGGUCAUAAAAUUCAUCAAAUACUCACAGUUUAUAAUGGCAAGAUAAAAGAAAUUGAAACAGAAAAGGAAGAAUUGAAAGAAAAAAUUUACCCAUCCUAUCUGAACAUUGCUGCUGAUGUACAAAGCAGAAUAAGUCAAUUAGAGAAAGAAUAUGGGGAUCUCGCUUCAGCCAUUACAAGACAUGGAGAGUAUAUCAAAAAAGAAAUUGAAAAACUUGUCGAGAAACUUAAAGGUGAUGUGAGUGUUAUGAAGGAUACACACUAUGAUUCACUUAAGAAAUACAUGACUGAAAUAAAUCCGAGAAUCUCUGAAAUUGAUGAGACAAUUAAAGCAUAUUCCAAACUACUGCAAUCAAAUGACAUACUUCAGGUUUUUCAGUUUAAAAUUAAAUCAAGCGAAUUCAAGAAAAUUCCAUGCAAAAUGGAUGCGUUGCCACCAUGUUUUACUCCAGUGUUCUGCAAGGCAGAGCAACUGAUUAAUCUUUUCGGAGAAAUUACAACUCUAUCUAGUAUUUCAUCGGAACAUCCUUACAGCACACAUAUAUCAGAGAAAUCACUAGAAGCCGGAUACAUUCCUCCAGUCAAACAGCUGCUAGAUGAACCAGAGACAGUCGAUACUAUAAACAUAGACAAUGGUGGAAAUGGCAACACCGUGAAUCUCUUCUGUAUAAGUCAGGGAUUGGUAGUCAAGUCCGUCAAAACCAGAUCAGGAAAAACGCCCAAUGACAUAGCAGUGACAGACAGUGGAGAUCUAGUUUAUACUGACAGCAGUGAUAAAACUGUAAACAUUGUGAAGAAUGAGAAGAUAGAGGAGGUGAUAAAAUUUCAGAACUGGAUACCGUAUGGUGUCUGUAUCACAGCCUCUAGUGACCUGCUGGUAACCUUGAGCAACAAUGAUAAAAAAGAAACAAAAGUUGUCCGUUACUCUGACUCCCAAGAACAACAAACCAUUCAGUUUGAUGAUAAAGAUAAACCUCUCUUUUCAUAUGGAACGUAUUACAUAUACAUUACUGAGAACAAGAAUCAAGAUAUAUGUGUGGCUGACAGUGGAGCAAAAGCUUUAGUGGUUGUCAAUCAGGCCGGGAAACUGAGAUUCAGCAAUCAGUGUGUCCACGUCAUAAACAAGGAUGGACAGUUUCUCAAAAAUAUCCAGUAUGGACUGAGUUAUCCCUUUGGACUGUGCAUAGAUUCGAAUGACAAUCUGUUUGUUGCUCAAUAUAGACAAGUGAAGAAAAUCAAGUAUCUGCAGUGA